CCUACAAAAAACGACCAAAUAGGUCGAUUGUUUUCCGACCCAAAUACGACCCAUAGCCACGUUUUAAAGUGUAGCACCUCUAGUGGUCGUGUAAGAAACAACAUGCUCCCGUCUAUUCAUUUCUUGCAGCAGUUUAUUACGACCUAUUGUCAUGUUUUAAAUUUAGCAACUCCUGGCGGAUCGUAAUCCCGUGAACUUUAACCUUGGGCAUCAAUAAAAGUGCGACGAGUGGAAGAAGAAGAAGAAGAAGAAGAAGAAGAAGAAGAAGAAGAAGAAGAAGAAGAAGAAGAAGAAGAAGAAGAAGAAGAAGAAGAAGAAGAAGAAGAAGAAGAAGAAGAAGAAGAAGAAGAAGAAGAAGAAGAAUUGUUAAAGAGCGUCACAGCUGUACAAGUGGUCAUCCAUCAAUUCAAUUAUUUGAAAUAGCCUAUUAUCAUAAAAAAAUCAACGGUUCUUUUCAGAGCCAUAUUCUUCUUCCUACUCUCUUUCACCCCUCUCAUUUUCUUGUCUUUUGUUUUGUUUUUCUCCCUCGCUGUAUGUCAGUUCAUCCUUUGUUUGUUGUUGCCCUUUUUACCCUCACUUAAAAAUGGCAUCCAAGCAACUGAAUGAAUGGCUAGAGGCGGGGAAAGCCCUCGCAGAUGAGUUGGCAAAUAAGAAACCGAAGAAACCGAAGAAACCAAAGAAAAUAACGCAAGGAUCAAAUAUGUCCUGGAGGAAGAGGGACCUGGAUGGGAACAUUCUACCCCAACAUUGGAAUAAGAAUCGAUCUGUUAAACCUUCCAGCUCUCUGGAGUCCCCAGAGGUCGAGGAGACACAUGAGAUUCCUCUACAGGUCCCAAGUCUUGAUUUUGUUAUUUUAGAUCAACAUCUUCUCACACUGAGAAACCUGUUGGGUUCUCUCACUGUCCCUGCAUCAUCAGAAGAAACACCCACUGUAACAACAUGGACCCAAAGACAGUUGAAACGUGAACAAAAAUUCAGAGCUGCAAUGCCAGAGCUCCUUAAUUUGAAAUUGGCUGCAGAGAUUGUCACUAAACGUCCCUGUCUCCAAUGCAAAACUGCUGAUGCUGUGGUCCGGUGCUUGGACUGUGUUCCACCAGGAACUCCCUUUCUUUGUCCGGCAUGUGACCCAAUUAUCCAUGGCAAAAAUGUCUUCCAUGACAGGGAAGCCAUGAUUGAUGGGUUUUACAGACCUAUUCCUCCCACAUCCUUAGUGGUUGUGGAUGAAAGUGGCCAAUAUGGACUCUGUGAACAAGUGUGUCUGCUUCCAAUUCCUCCACCAUCCCAAAUCUGCUUCUGUGGUCCAAGCCAAGAUUUCACCAUCAUCCCAGGAAAGCAGACCGUGUUGGUGACUAUCAAUGGUCCAUACAACGUUUGCCUGCCUUCUGUGUGCUGUCCAACUUGUUCCACCAAAUGGUCCCCGAGCAUAGGUGACUUGCUUGGAUACAAAUACUGGCCAGCAACCGACAGCUGCAAAAUUAUUUUUAAGUUUGAUGUGUUCACAUCAUUCGAGCAAAUGAAAUUGGCCAGCCCAGCAUUAUCCCAGCAAGUAUUUAUAAAAAUGCUUGAACAUCGAUCGUUCUCCACAGGAAGGACAGGCAGAAUCUGUAGCGAUACCUUCCACAGAGUCUUUCGGGAGUUUGCCUUCUGUAAUUACAGACAAGAAGAUCUGUGCCUGGUGGAGCCCUUUAAAUGCCCAGCAUGCACACCUGACAUGCUGGCUAUUGCUGUAGAUGGCAAUAGAAAGCAUUAUCGCUUCAAGAAGUCCAGAGGGUACUGGCCUUAUUUGGAGAAGAUGGCAGCAAAGUUGCCAGAGCUCCAACCACUUACAGAGAUGAAACCUUUUCUCUCUGUAAUGCACGCCAAGGCCCACACAGGCAAAUGCGAGGUGAAGUGGGGUGGCAGAAGCCAGGAAGGUGCUGGAAAUACUGUUGGCGAGGAAGUGGAACAGGUUAACAGCUUCCUCUCAAGGGCAGCUCUGACAACAAAAUACAUGACCAAAUCAGCUAGAGCAGAUAUGAUAACCGUGCUGGCUAUGCUAUGGAACCACAGGAAGGUGGAGAAUCUCCACAAGACACUCUCAAAGAGAUUUGUCAAAACUACACAGAGAGCACAAACUGAAGUGGACAAUCUUGAGAGUCUCAAGCAAGAGCUGAACAUCUCCCUGGAGGACACGGAGCAGUGGGUGUUGGAGGUCAAGCAAUGGGCAGCCACUGAGAAACAUGGAGGCCAGAGCAGCCAGGAGGAGCUCCAGAGAGAAAUAGAUGACAUUAUUUAUUCCCUCCGAAGAAAGAAACACGACCUCUAUCGACAAAAUGACAGCAACCAAACAAGGCAACGCAAACGGAGAAGACUGACAGAGCUCAAGAAUAAACUCAGAGAGAGGUUACUGCAGUACAACACCAUUGAUACCUGUACAGAGACAAUUGACACAGAAGCAGCAUGCAGUCUGUCUGAGGAUGUCAUUCUGCCCUGGGAGAUGUGGUGAACCUGCGCACAAAGAGGCGACUUUUUGACCAGGUUAUGCUGGUCAGGCGUAUGGAAGAGGAGAAAGUCAUCAUUGUGAAGGAGAUGACCCAGCAUUGUCAAAAUCUGAGGCAGGCACUGGACAAACUGGACCACCUCCUUCAUCAGACAAAAGACGACAUCAGGAACCAAAACUGUCAUUUUGUCUUUUUAUUUUAGUUUCUCCAAGCGAUAUAACAGAAGAGGGAUACAGGGGACUGCACUGCUGUCUUUUAUACCAUCAAUAUCUUCUGGAGCAGAAACUGAGCAGAGUCACCAGCACCUACAGCUGUAUUGGCACGGACUCGUCUUUUCUCAUGAUGGAGGAAGACAUUGAAGACGUUGAUGAAGACAACGAACAGGACGGUGAUGAGGACAACGAACACGACGGUGAUGAGGACAACAAACAGGAAGGUGAUGAGGACAACGAACAGGACGGUGAUGAGGAUAACAAACAGGAAGGUGAUGAGGACAACAAACAGGACAACGAACAGGACUUAACAAGUCUAUUGUAUUGUGUUGUAUGCAUGUGAACGUAUUAAAACGAGUAUUACGAUUUAA